AUGAAGAAGGACAGAAUUACCUUCGGGUUAUGUGCCAAUGUUACCGGGACCAAUAAAAUAAAACCUUUAGUAGUGCACAAAUAUAAAAAACCAAGAGCGUUGAAGCACCCGUUGCACAGACUUCCAGUCUGCUAUAAAUCGCAAAAAAAUGCUUGGGUAGACCGUGAAAUAUUUCAGGAUUGGUAUGAACAGCACUUCAAGCCUAGCGUCCGUGAAUAUCAAUUAAGGAAAGGCAUCACCGGGAAGGUAAUAUUAUUACUUGAUAAUUGCGCAAGUCAUCAAGUUCCAUUAUCUGAGGACGAUGAUACAUUUUCAAUUCAAUAUCUUCCACCAAACACCACAGCCCUCCUACAACCAAUGGAUCAAGGAGUGAUCCUUAAAACUAAAAGAAUCUUCCAAAAAGAAAUGUGCCGCUCCAUUUUAACGUAUGAAGGAGGGGUUAAUGAAUUUUAUGCCAAUUACAAUGUAAAAGAUUGCAUUGAUAUUUUGAUACAGGCAUGGGGAGAAGUUACGCCUAAAAAUAUACCGCACAGUUGGCAUAAAAUAAUUCCAGCUCCUGUGCACAUUCAAAGUUAUUUUAGAAAUGAGAGUGAGGACGAUGGUUUGGAAGAUGCAAUAUCGGUGAUUAGUGAUGGACAAAUUUCGCAACAACAAGCGGCUAUCUUUUCAAAUACAUGCCGUAUAGAGGAAGAGGAAGUUCCACAAAGUGACGCAGAUAAUCAAGACAGUAACAAUGAAAGUGAACAGGACAGUGAUAAUGAAGACGAACACAACAUACAAUCACCACAAGAACAAAUAAAAUAUAAGUUAGAGUGUUUAAAAUACCACAUCAUGCGAGCAAGCUGUUUAACAACAGAAUUACAAGAUCUUACUUCUUCAUAG